AUGAGUGUUGAUGAGAAACGAGAUUAUCAGAUGCCGACGGUCGACCUUUGCCAGUGUCACGGCCUCAUGGCUUUCCUCUGGGCAGCCAGCACCUUUGUCCUCCUGAUUGGCUUGGCACAUGCCCAGAGCACUCCUCUUUGGGCCCGCUCCGCCUCCCGGUACAGACUAUGGCAGCGCCGCAAGCCCCCUUUCUUCAUCGAAAAUCAAAUUGCUGUGUCCGAAUGA